CGCUCUGCGUCUGCGCUUAGCGCUACGCUACGCGGUUCUCCAGAGUUACUCAACGUCGAAUUGUUGGAAGUUUUUAAAAAAUAUACUUUUGCUUUUGAUUAAUUUUAGCGUCUUUUCAGUGAUCAUAAUCUAGUUAUUUACACGACCGAUACAUAUCUUUGUAUUAUUGUAAAGAGUGGACGACAUAAUUGGGUCAACAUAAUAAAGAAGUGGUUUGUUUAGCCCUGUGAGUCACUCGUCACAUUGUUUAUGAAACUUGUAUAAUGGCUUAGCAAUGUUAUCGUCGUCUAAAUAGUUGUUCAGUGAUAGUGUACCGAUCCCGAUGGAUUCGCCACCGGUUCCGAAGCCGAGAAGUGCAUUUCUGCCACAAAAUGAUCCGCUUAAGCGACCAGUUCCAUUGCCGAGAACCAAAAUCAGUACGAACGAUAGAGUUUCAGCCUCGGACAUAUUCAGGUCCAUAAGUUCAGUGUCUAAACAGAUAUCCGAGGACGUGGCGUUGAAAGUGAGCAGCUCGGCCAGGUCGGCCAACGAGAAGAUAGAGAAAUCCAUUCAGGAUGGGUCCAAGUUCGCCAAAGGUACGUUGGAGAAGACCCUCACAACGUCGCGGGCGGUGCGAGACUCCGUCACCAAGUCCGUCAUAGAAGGCACGAGGAAUGCAGGUAUGAAACUGAGAAAAGUUAAAAAGACUGACUCUCUGGAGGAAACAGAGGACCAGCGCUGUGUCUCCAUGCCAGUAGUGGAUGUCAGUCUCUUUGACAACAUACAGUUCCAUUCACCACUCUUAGAACAGAAGAGGUAUAAAGCGGAAAACGAAACUGGCCAAGAAUUGCCAUCACUCAACCUGAAUGCAUCCCAUUUUGAUGAUCUCUCAUUAUUUUCUACAAAUUCAGACUCCAACACGGACACUGUCAGUAAUUUUUCAUAUGACAGCAGAGAAUCCGACCAAAACAACUAUACCAAUUUAGAACACGAGCAGUUAACGUAUGACACACCAAAACCUUCAAGAGCAAACAGCAUUGUAAGCAUAAAAUCAGCACCGGAAGUACCAGAAAGACGGAAGAAAAGAGAGAGCAUGGGGGUCAUGAGACAAAACUCAAUGUAUGAAAACUGGACACUGCCGCAUAGUACCAUAAGCACCAAGACAAGUACAAAUUGUAACAAAGCUCAGAGACCCAGCAAAAGUACAAUUUAUGAGUUUGAUCCAUUAAAUACAAGUAAACCGGCACCAAAGUAUGAUGGAGUAAGCAAUGAGCUAAUAUUAUUGGAAUCAUUCUUAAUAGGAGAUACUUAUGGUACUAUAGUUACUUCAGACAACUCAGAUGAGACGUUUGACUUCCGGGACAGUGAAUAUUACAAUCCUCCUACACCCCCGGAGAGGUCAGAUAGCCUGUUUCCUGAGAAUGAGACGAAAGAUGAAAAAGUAGUAACGGUAGACAAGGACAACAAUUCCAACUGGUUUGUUAACGAUGCAGACACAUUACCAAAAGCUGGAGACAGAUCGACCAGCACACAUUCCGUUAUGCAGAAGUUCUCAAGCAUGUUAAAAUUGGACAAUGUGUUGAACAAAAGUUCUAAAGUGGUUGUUCCUAAAGUGGAUACGAUAGAGAGACCGCCAGUAAAUGGCCUUCCGGUGCAAUUCUUCAGUGGUACAUUGACUAAGGUGGUGUCUGGUGGUGUUGAGGAUUUGUUCAAGAACACGCAGAGUAGGUUUUGUGUGUUGUCGGAGCAGAAGUUGUUGUGUUAUACGGACCCUACCAACUCAGUUUUGAAGGAGUCUUACCCAUUGGAUACUAUCAACUCCUUGCAAGUUGUGUUGCCUCUGUCAUCAAGCACAACAAGCAACUCGUACCUUCUCGAGCUGUCAGUGAGCAACGGAUCGCGUUCUUCUAGAAAAGUCCUCUUCAGCUGCACCAGCGCGUCGGAGAGAAGAAACUGGGCGCAGAAGAUAGCUGUACAUCUCGCUAGCGAGUUUCAGACUAAGCAUACGGCCGAAUUCACUAGGUGCGGGUGGUGUUAUUUGAAGGAAGGCGUGAGUGGCGAAUGGAAAGGCGCGUGGGUGAUGCUCAUACGUCGGGUUCUCGUCUACUACACCAGCAGAGAGAGUGGACUUUGCAGCGUCGACCUCAGGAAGACUAGAUGCGUCGUGACGCAAGAUGCAGAUGAGGAGACAAAGCAAGCGAUGCCUACAGACGGCAGCGGCAACCUUCUCAUGGACUGCCCUCACGCUACCAUCUACCUGCGCUUCCCGACUGAGAGAGACCUCAAGGGUUGGCGAUACAUGGUGAAGUUAGCCGCGCACAACAACGGAGCACAGAUACACCACCAGCAGUUGACUAAGGAAGAUGUGCCGGCCAUUGUUGACAAGUGCAUCAGCUUCAUAUAUGCACAUGGCAGCCUCUCAGAGGGCAUAUACCGUCGCGCCGGCAGCAACGUGGUCCUCUCGGAGCUGCUGGCGCGGUUCCGGCGCGACGCGUGGGCGGUGCAGCUGAGCCCGGGCACGCACUCGGAGCACGACGUGGCCGGCGUGCUCAAGCGCUUCUUCCGAGACCUGCCCGAGCCGCUCGUGUCGCAGCCCAAGCGCGAGGCCGUGCUGGCCGCGCUAGACCAAGACGACCCAGCGGCGCGCAACACCAUCUACCGGCGAGUGAUGUCAUCGCUGCCCCUCGUCGCGCGAAACACGGCGCGGAAGCUGUUCGCUCACCUGCACUUCCUGCACAGCAUGGCGCACGCCAACAAGAUGAGCGCGGAGAACCUCGCGUCCGUGUGGGCGCCGACGCUGAUGCCGGCCGCGCUGACCAGCAACACUCUCAACACAUCCUGGUACUCCAAAGAGGUGUACGUGGUCCGCGACCUAAUAGCCAACUACGAGGCCGUAUGGGAGCCGACCGAGGCCGAAAAACGCCGAGAAGGGGCCGUCAGAAGAGUUCUAAUGAGAGUGCUUAGUAACAGGGCACCUGCCGCACCAAAAGCUGCAGGAGAUCUGAAGGCGUGGGUCUAUGUUAAGGAUCGGACGACGUGCUAUCAAGUCUCGCUGACCCCAAGCACGACCAGCGCCGACAUCUGCGUCCAGCUCUCCUCCAAGGCCAACAUGGAGUCCCACCUCCUCAUGCUAGAGGAAGUAAUAUGCGGAGAAUCCAUGAAGAGAGUGGUGCACAUUGAUGAGGUGGUACUAGAUGUGGUGCUGCGCUGGGGGUACUGGGAUGAGGACGACAGGAAGGACAACUACCUGCUCGUCAGGGAAAAUAAGCUUCUCCACGAGAUGGAAGCGCUCAGGAACACGGGACUGGUGUGCGCCGAGCUGCGCUUCGCCAGCGAGACCAUGAAGACCUUCAAGCUGCACAUGUUCGAGUUCCAGAACGGCAAGCUGUGCUACUUCAAGGACAAACAGGGUUCGCACAAGAUCGACGAGUGGAACAUAAAGGACAUCCUGUGGUAUGUGGGGCACGAGCCGAAAAGGAACCCUCAGUCGCGCUGGGCCAUCACCUUCGUGCCGCGGAACAAGCAAAAAAGGAGCAAGGAUCGACCGUGGUUCGGGUGCACAAUCGCAGGCGCUGUUACCGAGGAACAACUCAAGUGGACAGCCGCUAUGACCUUCGCGGAACACACAGACAUACUGCCGUCGCCUCGUCUUGUCAUCACGUAACAUUCACACACACUCACACACACAUCUGUACAGUAUCAACAACACAAAUUGCAAGCUGCGAUGUCGUUUCCCGAGCAAAAGAGACAUACAUACAGCUGUCUUUUCGUCUUUUUAUCACAUAACAAAUACAGACACACAUCUGUACAUCCACGAGCUCGAGACUGAGCACACAGACAAACCGCCGUCUCCUCGACUUGUCAUUAUUUCAUUUCAUGCAUCUAUACAGUGUGUUAUCACCACCCGGGCAUUUAUUAAAACCAGUAAUAAUACAGUCAAUUAGCAAUCGUUUGCGCAUAUCAGCAAAUCAUAGUUGUUUAAAUUAACUGAAAAAUUAAUUUUCCGAAAUCCCAACAUUCAAUGUAAUGCGUGCACUUCUUAAUUGUCAUUACUGACAUCGCUCAUACCAAAGAGGAUCGAGUAUUAUAGAGAGUUACUGUCGAAGUAAAAUGUGUAAUCACAGUGCAUAGACUGCCAUCUCUCGGCACAAUCUUUUUUAAUCUCAGUUUUGACAAUUUGGC